UCUCUGGAGAGCGGGGAAGCUGAAUUCCCGAAGAUUCCCACAUCGAUGAAAGCCAAGCCAAGCCACCUGACCAGCAGCAUGUCCACCUCGUUGCGAGUAAGCCCGUCCAUCCAUGGCUACCACUUCGACACAGCCUCACGUAAGAAAGCUGUGGGCAACAUCUUUGAAAACAUAGACCAAGAAGCAUUACAGAGGCUUUUUAAAAACUCUGGGGACAAGAAAGCGGAGGAGAGAGCUAAGAUCAUUUUUGCCAUAGAUCAAGAUCUGGAGGAGAAAACACGAGCCCUGAUGGCUUUGAAGAAGAGGACGAAAGACAAGCUUUUCCAGUUUCUGAAACUGCGGAAAUAUUCCAUCAAAGUUCACUGAAGACCAGAGGAUGGAUAAGGACAUUAUCCAAGAGCAGACAUUUAAAGACCAAGCGAGUCUGUGAGACCCUAAUGUGCACAGCAUCCCCGUUGCUGCCUUGUAAGUUUCUCUUCCAUCAGGACUCCGGGGCUUGGAGGCAGGAAAGAAAGAGAAUGAACUGGUUACAAAGACUCCAACUAAUUUCACUUCUGUACUAUUACAGUGGAGAGGGAAAAGCUUUCAGCAAGGAUUGGAAAGCUCUCCCUGCAGAAAAGGACUGAUGCUGAUGUCAGGAGGAGAGCCUGGACAGACAUGAUGAGAACUGAAACUGAAGAUAACAGAUGCCUGGGGAAGAAUGGCAGCCAGGGUCUCCUUGUCAGGCCCUAGGACUUAAACUUAACCUGAACUUUUUUUCCUUAACCAAAUUGGAUAGGGGGAGGGCAGAGGGAGAGGGGGAACAGGAGAGAGAAUUCCAUGCUGCAAUUGUUUACUGAAUUUUUUAUUUGAAUGUUCAAAGAGUUGCCAAGCUUCAAUGUUGUCUAUCGGUAGAUUUUUUCAGAGAUCAGUAAUUGAUUAUUUAUUUGCAUUUAUUAUAAUGCCUUAAAAAGUGCACCACAUGGGUGUAAGUCCAAAUUCAAGGAACUGCAGUAUUUUCAGCAGCUCGGUGAAAGCUGUAUGCCACCUUCUGGUUUGUAAGGGGUUUUUAUGCAUUUCAAACUGGUUGACCAAAAAAUAAUGGGGUCCUUCAUAAAUCUGAAGUACUGUGAACAAAUUUUAUAGUUUUUUUAUCUUCUAACUAAUGUUAAAAUAUAAUCUAAAUUUCUUACAGUUACUGCAAUAAACAUUAGGAAGUGAAUAUGAUACACUUAAUAGUUUAUAAAGAUGCUAUGGUUUCUAUAAUUUAUUAUUCAUGACAAAUGGUAUACAACCUUAAUAAAUUAUUAUAAACUUA